CGGACGGUAGUGGGCGGGGCCUGGCGAUCGGAAUCCCGCAGGCGCGCUGGCUACGCUGCCCGGUUGUCGUCAUGGUGGGGCCCUGGGUGUAUCUGGUGGCAGCAGUUUUGCUCAUCGGCCUGAUCCUCUUCCUGACUCGCAGCCGGGGUCGGGCGGCAGCAGCUGACAGAGAACCACUGCACAAUGAGGAAGAGAGGGCAGGAGCAGGCCAGGUAGGCCGCUCUUUGCCUCAGGAGUCUGAAGAACAGAGAACUGGAAGCAGACCCCGGCGUCGGAGGGACUUGGGCAGCCGUCUACAGGCCCAGCGUCGAGCCCAGCGAGUGGCCUGGGAAGAAGGGGAUGAGAAUGAGGGUCAAACUGUUAUUCCAGCCCAGGAGGAAGAAGGCAUUGAGAAGCCAGCAGAAGUUCACCCAACAGGGAAAAUUGGAGCCAAGAAACUACGGAAGCUAGAGGAAAAACAGGCUCGAAAGGCUCAACGAGAGGCAGAGGAGGCUGAACGUGAAGAACGGAAACGCCUAGAGUCCCAACGUGAGGCCGAAUGGAAGAAGGAAGAGGAACGGCUUCGCCUGAAGGAAGAACAGAAGGAGGAGGAAGAGAGGAAGGCUCGGGAGGAGCAGGCCCGGCGGGAGCACGAGGAGUACCUGAAACUGAAGGAGGCCUUCGUGGUAGAAGAAGAAGGUGUUAGCGAGACCAUGACUGAGGAGCAGUCUCACAGCUUCCUGACAGAAUUCAUCAAUUACAUCAAGAAGUCCAAGGUUGUGCUUUUGGAAGAUCUGGCUUUCCAGAUGGGCCUUAGGACUCAGGACGCCAUAAACCGCAUCCAGGACCUGUUGACGGAGGGGACUCUAACAGGUGUGAUUGACGACCGGGGCAAGUUUAUCUACAUAACCCCAGAGGAACUGGCUGCCGUGGCCAAUUUCAUCCGACAGCGGGGCCGGGUGUCCAUCACAGAGCUUGCCCAGGCCAGCAACUCCCUCAUCUCCUGGGGCCAGGACCUCUCUGCCCAGGCUUCAGCCUGACUCCAGUCCUUCCUUGAGUGUAUCCUGUGGCCUACAUGUGUCUUCAUCCUUCUCUAAUGCCAUCUUGGGGCAGGGAUGGAAUAUGACCAGAAAGUUGUGGAUUAAAGGCCUGUGAAUACUGCUGA